AUGUAUGCUCUUAUCUUAGUUGCUGAUUCUUCCACAAAUGCAAUAUCUCGAAAAAAUAAAUCCAACGACAUUGAUCAUUAUCAAGCAACGAAAACUUGUCAAAAUAUGAAGUCAAUUAUUUCAUCAAAAACAAUCACACCUGAUUUUUCUGACAUGGAAAGAAAUAACAUUUAUGCUGGAACACCAAAAAUGAAACCAACAACACUUAAAAAUGAAACAGAUCAUUAUACGACAAUGCGUCAACAACGACGACCACCUGUACCACUUCGUACAGAUUCAAUACGUAGUAUUGGUAGUACAACAACUUCAUCAUUUUCAUCACAAUCAACAACACCAUCAAAUUCCUUUCGUCAUGAAUCAACAGCAAUUAUGAGUCGUUCAGCUGAUGCAACAUCAUCAUAUGAAUUAAUAUCACCAAUAAAAAAUGAAAUAAAUCAGAUGAAAUCAAAAUCAACUCACGAUAUUGAAACCUCGAUUUUAAAUAAUCAUAAUAAAUGUUUAAAUAUGAUUACAAAUGGAAACUUCGUACCAUUACAAUCAGUUAAAGAAGAUGAGUGUCUUGAAAUAGAUGAUAAUAAUAAUGAAACAUAUUCAAAGAAUGAUAAUGGACAGCAACAUAUGCUUAGUGAUAUACUCAAAAAAAGAUUUUCACCGUCAACAGCUUCAGCACCAAUGAUGUCAAGAAAUAAUUCGUUACAUCAACGUUCAUCAUCAACGGAUCCAAAUGAAGACGAAUUAUCAGCAGGAUAUACCAAUAUUUUCAAUCGUAAUCAUCGUAUUCGUUCAAGUCUUCCAUUUAUAGUUAAACCUGCCGUAAAUACAUCGAAAUUAAAUUCACUUGGUGAUUAA